AUGAAUCCUUUAAAGCAUUCCGAUGUAUACAAAAAGUUUUCUAAUCAAAUACUUUUACCACGGCCGGAUACGCCGCACGUCGCAUUGAAUUUUAAUUCAAAUGAAAGCGCCAAGGAAGAACAAGGAGGGACAUCAAUAUCAAUUGAACGUUCUACUGAUGGUAAUAAUAUUUUAAAUACUACCACUGAAAAGACAACGGCACAAACAAUUCAGUUACAAGGUGACGAAAUAACGAACAAUGCAGUCUUGAAUCUCUUUGAGGGUAGUUUGGUUAACGACUCUAUCACCAAAAUCGCUCCAAAAAGUUAUAAGAAGAAGCACUACCAUCUAUUCAUUGAUAAAGAAAGAGAUUUCAAUAAGUUUAAUGAAAUUUAUGAUCAAGAUGCUGAUACUAUAAUAAUGAAGUAG